UUCAUUCAUUCUCCUUCAACCAAUUGAUUUUGAUACCAAUUUCUGUUCGUCCUUUGAUCAUAGAGUGUAGUUUUAUCUUCUUUAGAUUCGAUAAAAUAGGUAUUCUCUAAUCUCUAUGCUUUAUCCAUUUUUACGUUGCUUUUGUUCUUCAAUUUCUUCUUUUCAUUUGGUAACAAUGUAACAAAGAAUACACUGCUUGAUAUACCAGUACCAUAAUGGUCAGAUCAAAUGUUGAAAACUUGUAUUGGACCAGUAUUUAAAAUCUUGAUACCGAGCAUAGCAACAAAGAAGAGAUCCAUUAGCAAUCCCAUCUAUAAUGGUUGGGAAUAAAUUUUUUUAGUCUUUGUUGUCAGUAUUAAUUAGUUAUUUUAAAAGGACAGUCUUUUGUGAAUGGAAGUAUAUGCUUGAUUAUAUUUACAGCAUCUCACUGCUUGUUUUUUUCUUCUUCCACUGCAUGUAAACUGUUUUUUGCAUGUUAUAAUUGUUACGCCUGUUGCCACAAUUUCGAUCAUCUGAUUAGAGUUGAUUCACCAUUGCAGAUUCAUACCAUGCUCCAUGGCCUUUCUGAAGAAGAGUUUGGACCACAAAUUCAUUUCAGGGAGUACUCAUUCCUGCAGAAUCCAUCAGUGCCCAAACAUGUGAAGGAAUCAUUACUUAAUGUUCAACUUUGUGAUGCACAUUCCAAAGGAUGCAAUAUAUCCGAUGGAACAACUAGCCGUGGUUUCAUCCAAUUUCCCAGAAAUAGCACUGAGCAGAUGUACAUGCAAGUAUUCUCCCAGUACAAAGAUAUCAAAGUCUUGCACUUUUCAUCCAUGGCGAAUGCCUUCCAAGGGUUCAAUGAUGAGGCAAGAGAAGUAAAAUUUAGAAAUCGCAUGAAGAGAUACGUCGGAUUGUGGUGUUGCGUGGAGAACCGUGACCCUGGCCACAUAUACUAUGACAUAUACUGGGACGAGAAACCAGAAUGGAAACCUGAACCACCUCGAACUAGUCAAGAUGAUCAUCCACCUUGGGAUUGAACAUUAUAUUUGCUUGUCAUGAAAGAUCAUCGUCAUCUGAAGUUUCAGACAUAAUUAUACUUGUUGAAAACUUUAUUCAUCUUAUAAAUGAGAAUUUUUUGAUGUAUUUUUGUCUCAAAAGUUCUUUUUGUACGGAAUAAAAAUCGAGAGGUUCAGAUC